GUCAGCGGCGUCAGUCAGCGCGCGCACGGACACCGGGCAGGAUGGAGGAGACGAGGGCGGGAUCGUGCACGAGGUAACUGAGGUGGGGCAAGUGGCACGUAACCCCCUCCUCCACCCCCUCACCUGCCUCUCAUCGGUCUUCUAUACCAUGAACUCUGGCUCUGCCCAGGAUGUGGCGGUGGAGCAUUUCCUGCGUGACAUAGAAAGGCGGGGCCAGCGGUUGCACUGCGCUGUGAUUGGCUGCGAGGAGGCGCCUCUCCGCGGCGACAUGAACCUGCUCUACCGCAAGAGUCGACUCGACUGGAGACACCGAGAUCAGGAGGGCAAGAAGAGCUGUAAAGAUGCCUCUUCAGCAACGGUGGGGAAGGUGCGUGACCUGGCAUCGUUCCGGCGCCAUUUCCGCAUGGGCUUCAUGACGAUGCCCGCGUCUCAGGACCUCUCGCCGCAUUCCUGCGCUGCCGCCAUGGCGCCACGCUCUCAGUCGUGCCACGCUGUCGGCACUGGUGAGGGAGAGGGGCUGGAAAACGGCGACGACCCCGACUCGGACCCUCAAAUGUCCUCUCACUGUGGGCGGUGCCCCCCAGCUAAGCCCAAACGUCACCCGAGCACCCGCCUCAGCUCCACGCCGCAGCAGGAACACCCGGGCCGUGGUGGACACGCACCACCUGAUGCCCCUCCACCUCCACCACCGCAACAUCCACCCAAACACCCUGAGAAGAAGAACUCAAUGAAGAAGUCCGACUCGGGUGAAUUGCUGGGCAGGAAGGUUCCUCCUCAAAAGCCCAAACGGAGCCCGAGCACCCAACUCUCCUUCGACGCUCCACCCCCUCGGCUUCCACCCCCAGCCACACCCCUGCCAUUCCAGAGUGCCGAGAGCACCGGUGAUGAUGAGCCUGUAUACAUCGAGAUGGUUGGCCAAGUGUUCACCCGAGAGACGCCUGGCGUGCCAACACCCUCAGCCACAACACCUGACUCGGACUCAGAUCUAGGCGAGGAGGCUAUCUAUGAGGAGAUGAAGUACCCUGUGGCUGAUGAUGCCCACCAGCGACGCCUCCCACCCAAGCACGAGCGUGCGAAGUCAUCAAAAUCUUACACAUCCUCCUCUGUCUCUUCUUCCUCUACAUCGUCUUCACUCCCUCGGCCCUCGUCCUUGUCACCCUCUUGCCCAUUACCCUCCUCAAAGCCUAAAUCUGCCGUCUCCAUCUCUCACUCUUCCCCCUUGCCUUCAUCUUCCUGCUCUGCCUCUUCCACACCGGUACCUCAGCCGCUCUCAUCCUCACCACACCCUCCUCGAGCCCCUACCCCCUUCCUCUUACCAGGCACCAAAUCAGAAUCAGAGAUUGGUUCCAGUAAGAUUCCAGCACCUUUUCCCAACUUACUUCAACAUAAGCCACCUCUGCUGGCCUUCCCGCCGCCAAAGAGUGGCCCUGCCAAGCUGGGUUCUGCUAGCAGCCCAUCACCAGCCAGCCUGCCACCCACCAUUGGUAGUUCUGUUUCAAAUGAAAGAACAAGUGGAGACAAGGAAAAGGACAGGAAGGAUGGGCCAGCACCAGGCCUACGAGCCCGUAGCCACUCAACACCUUUGCCUCCAUCCUCAAAAUCGUCUUCACCAUACUCGCACCAUCAUCACCAUCACCACCCACACCACCGUCCCUCACACUACCAUCACUAUCGCAAACCUGAAAAAGAAUCAAGUAAGACCUCACAGGGUACCUCACAGUCCUCAACACAAACUCAGACACAGGUCAAAGAGGGCAAGACUGUCAGUUUUCUACUUAAGUCUGACAAAGUUGAGAGGGAAAGGGAGCGAGAGCGAGAGAGAGAUCGAGACCGAGACAGAGAGAGGGAUCGAGAUCGAGACAGAGACAGAGACAGAGACACGCCAGUCACACAGUCGUCUAACCACAUUGACAUGGCUGCUACUACUGCUCCCGCCAUGACCACUAGCCUUUCUCCGGCAUCAUUGUCUUCAACUACGACUUCGGGGACAUCGUCCACAUCUUCAGCAUCACAGAGGCCUCCAUCUCGCUCAGCUCAGCGUUCACACACUCCUCACACACACCUCCCUGCUUAUAAACCCCCACCUGCAGAUAGCCCCCUGCUUUGGACAUACCCAUCUGCAGGGUUCCGUCGGCCUCCGGCCUAUGACAGUUUGCGUGCUGGUACACCAAUGCCCUCCCUACAGCAAGAGGGUAGUAUCAAGGCUGGGAGCACGCAUGCCAAAGCUGGGUUCCUGCCCUGGGACGCCAGCGGAAGUGGUCUAGGCUUCGCUGACGAUCACGCAUACUGGCCCAUGCACAGGAAGCUGUCGUUCAGCCAUGGCAGCAGAGAAACAGAGAAAGAAGAAGGACGGGUAUGGAAUGGAAGUACCGAUGCUCUGCUACGCAAAGACAGGGAGGACUCUGGGGGUAGCAGCCGCACCGGAGGACUUUCUGGAAUCCCUGUGCGGGCAUCAGGAAGAAUCGGACACAGUGAGAGUCUAGCUGGGGCAGAAGGGCCUCCAGGGUUCAGGGUAAUGCCGCGGACAGGACUGCCCCUGCCAUGCCAGACCUUCCCUGCCUGCCGCAAUGGAGAGCUCGGACGGCUCGGUAGGUCAUCCUCUACGUCUGGAGUGAGGCAGGCCGGAGGGGACGUUCAGCGACAGAGUAGCCUGCCGGCUAGAGAAGCUCUCAAUCAGUUGCAGGCUCUCUCUCAGGCGCCCUGCAGUCCGUCUCUGGCUCGUGCUCAGGCUCAGACCUUGACUCAGGCUCAGGCUCAGUUCCACCUGCAGCAGCUCCAGCAGCACCACCUGCAGCUGCAGUUCCAGCACCUGGCACAGCUGGCAGCGCAGGCUCAGGCCAUGCCGGGCGUGGGAGGCAUGGGCACCGGCGCAGGCACGGCAGGCGGCGCCGGCAUGACGGGCGCGGCCACCCAGCGCGACGGCAAGCUCCUGGAGGUGAUCGAGAGGAAGCGGUGUCUGUGCAAGGAAAUCAAAGCCCACCGGCGACCGGAUAAGAGCCUGUGCAAGCAGGACAGCAUGCCCAUCCUGCCCAGCUGGAGAAAAACGCCCGAGCCGCGUAAGACCGGCACGCCGCCCUGCCAGAGACCGCAGGCCGUGGUGUGGGACACGGCUAUCUGACAAAACGAGACUGAGAUACGCUGAUUUGCCACUUUAUUAAGUAUACCAAACUUGCGUCUACACUCAUCUGACAUUUUUAUCAAGUAAACCAUGUUUUUUUAGAAACAAAGUUAAAUAUUAAAUGUGGCACAGUGGCUUAAUGGUCAGCACUGUCGCCUCAUAUGUCCAGGGUCCAGGGGUUUGAAUCCCGCCUCUGGUCCAUGUGUGUGGAGUUUGCAUGUUCUCCUUAACCUUAUUUUUUUUUUUUACUAAGAAAAAUGAAUCCGGCUAGCUCUUAAACAAAUAAGAUAAAUGAAUUCCCCCACGUCGUGCUUGUUGGGUUUCCUCCGGGUACUCCGGUUUCCUCCCACAGUCCAAAGACAUGUAGGUUAGGCUAAUCGGCGUUCCCAAAUUGGCCGUAGUGUGUGUGAGUGAGUGAAUAUCCCAUGUUAUCCGUUUAUUCAAAAUAUUCAUAUCCGCAUCCCAUCAUUGUAGCUACACGGUUACUGACUGUAGCCCAUCAGUUGCUAUGCACCAAACCCCAACACCACUGCUGUGCCUAAUAAACUCGUACCACCGCGUCACACACGUCACCUCCGUCCUGAGAAGAUCCACCACCUAAAUAAUAUCUUCUCACCGGUCAUCCUAAGGACAUUUCUUUUUUUUAACGGACAGAUUAGAGCCAGAGAUACGCUACAGUUAGUAACCGUGAACCUACAAAAAUAUGCAAAAAAUGUUAAACAAAUGCCGCUAUUCGCGAUGCAUAUACCGUAUACAUGAUGGCCUGAAGGGUGGGUGUAAAUCCAACGAAGAUGUACCUAAUAAACUGGCAAAUGAGUGUACAUGUGAAUAUCUGCAAGAGAAAGAAUGUUUAAAGGAGGUAAAAAGAGGACGGCGGGAAUAUUAAUUACUUAUGACUGGACAGACACGGAAUCUUUGAAUGUGGUAAAAAAAAAAAAAAAAAAAGACGCGUGUAU